GUGUGCGCGAGCGGGUGUUUUUUUCCCCAAAUCGCUACAAUUGCGCCUUGUAUGUUUUCUUCUCAUGUAACCAGCCGCUGCCGCCGCCGCCGCCGCGCGUCCGCCCCGCCGGGCCUGCCUCUCCGCCCGCCGGCCCCCGCUCCUGCUCGCGCGCCCCGGGACCCCCCCUUGCCCUGCCCUGCCCUGGAGCCCGGAUCGCCCCUUCUCCCGCGCGCAGACCCCCCAGCGAAGGGCUAUGGCCGAAUGGGCCCCUGCCCAGAUCCAGGAAUGGAACGUCGAGGCUCAGCACCUGAUGCCCCUCCAGCCUCCCCUCGUCCCCGAGCUGAGCCACAUGCGGGAAGCUCAGCUGCACACGGCAGAGGCGUCCCUGUGGAGCGUGGUGGCCACGGUCCAGGCCAUGGAGAGGAAGAUCGACUUGCUGGCCACUCGGCUGCUCAGCCUGGAGGGGCGAUCUGGGACGGCCGAGAAGAAGCUGCUGGACUGUGAGAAGACAGCCAUGGAGUUCGGUAACCAGCUGGAGAGCAAGUGGGCCGUGCUGGGGACCCUGAUCCAGGAGUACGGGCUGCUGCAGAGGAGGCUGGAGAACAUGGAGAACCUGCUCAAGAACCGGAACUUCUGGGUCCUGAGGUUGCCCCCGGGGGCUAAGGGAGAAAUCCCCAAGAUGCCGGUGACGUUUGUCGAUAUUGCUGUGUAUUUCUCUGCUGAAGAAUGGAAGAACCUGGCUGAAUGGCAGAAGGACCUGUACAAUAAUCUUGUGAAGGAGAACUACCAGUCUUUGCUAACCUUAGGAGCAGAUGUGAACGUUUCCAAACCAGAGGCGCAUCCCAGGAUUGAACGGGGGGAGGAACCCUGUAUCCCAGAGCAGCAGAAUGCAAAGGAGCGGGAGAUUUCCUCAGAUCCUUGCACAGAACCCUUAAUGUCUACGCCUGACAUCCUGAGCCGCAUCAAGCAAGAGGAACCUUUUGCUGGGGGAGGCCAGUUUCCAGAGGAAAGAGGGAUCCCAACAGAUCCGUGUUCAGGUGCGGAGGCUCUCAUGUCUGCCCAUGACUUUUUAUCGUGGAUUAAGCAAGAGGAGGAGCCAUGCAUCAGGGAGCCCUGGGAGUCGGCAGAGAGGGAGAUCCUGACAGGCCCCGGCACAGCUGGUGAUGGGAUGGCAGUCAAAGCCGAGAACCAGCGCCAAUGCCCAGAAGAACCAGCAAGGUCCAGGGAGCCGAUCUUCCAGGGGGAGCCUCCUGUGGUAGCAGGAACAGCAUCAGUGGAAGCCUACGUGGGCCAGUGUGGCCCAGUCCCGCAGCCUCUGAGCCCAGCCAGGAGCAGAGCGGACAAUGCUGUUUCCAAGCUGCCAUAUAACCUGCCCUGGAUGGACAGCCAAGAGGAUCUGUGCGCAGUGAGUCAAGGAGUCCUCAUGAAGCCUGAACUCUCUCUAGGAUCCAGAAGAGGAAAUGUUGGGGUUGUGAUUAAGAUAGAGGACAACCCCAACAAGAGCCACAUGGAACUGGGACAAAUCCUGACACCAUGCCUGAGAGAAUCCAAAGGCCAGCCCCAGUCAGAGAUUCUGCAGAGUCCCUUGCAAUCAGGAACGCCGGGGUCAGUGGAGUCAAAUCCUAUUAUUUGGUGUGAUGGAGAAUCCCAUGGGCCCUGCAUGCCUCAGGAUUGUAGCGAGGGUAGUCCUAACCCGAUCAUUGAACCACAACUGACUAGCCAGGAGAGACGUCACUGUGAGGAGAAUGUUACGCUGAUGGCCUUGCAGGAGCAGGACCUUCACCACUGCACUGACUGUGGAGAGGUCUUUCAGGAGUGGCAGGAUUUGGCCACCCACCAGAGCACUCACAGCAGGGUUAAGCAGCACCAGUGCAUCCACUGUGGCCAGUGCUUCUUGCACCGCUCCCGGCUGAACUACCACACCCGGAUCCACACUGGAGAGCGGCCUUACAGCUGCAGCCAUUGCAGGAAGAGUUUUAGCCGCAAGGAGCACUUGAGGAACCACCAGCGUUUGCACACCGGGGAGAAACCCUACUGCUGUGAGGAGUGUGGGAAAAGCUACAGUCGCAAGGAACACCUGCAAUACCACUGCCGUACGCAUUUUUGCAAGAUGGGGGGCGUGGUUAAAGCAGAGGACAAGGAUCUCAACAAGAGUGAUGCAGACCUGGAACAAAUCUUGAGCUCCUCUUCGAGAGAUUCCAAAGAACAGUUGGGGACAAAUACUCAGCCGGAAAACACACGAGGGGAUUCUUUGCCGUGGGGGACACUAGAGCCUGAGCAAUGGGUGCCCAUCCGUCAAUGUGAUGGGGAGCCCCGUUGGGCCAGUGUAACUCCCAGGACCAGUAAGCAUAGUAUGAACGUGCUGGCUGAACAGCAACUGACUAGUCAGGAGAGGCCACUCUGUGAGGAGAAUGACACCCUGAAGGUGGCUGAAGGUCAGCACCGCCAUGCCUGUGAUGAUUGUGGAGAGGCCUUCCAGAAAUGGCAAGACUUGGUAACCCACCGAAGCAGCCACGGCAGGAUCAAACAGCACCAGUGCUCCCACUGUGGCCAGCGGUUCCUGCACCGUUCCCGGCUGAACUACCACAGCCGAAUCCACACCGGAGAGCGCCCCUAUGUUUGCAACAUGUGUGGGAAGAAUUAUAGCCGCAAGGAACACCUGCAGAAUCACCAGCGUCUGCACACAGGGGAGAAGCCAUACCAGUGUGAAGAAUGCGGCAAAAACUACAGCCGCAGGGAACAUCUACAGUACCAUCAGCGGCUGCACACUGGCGAGAGGCCCUUCCAGUGCCAGGCCUGCGGCAAGCGUUUCAUCCGCAAGCAGAACUUGCUGAAGCAUGAGCGUGUCCACACAGGAGAGAACCGCAAAGUGGGCAGGGCUCCUGCGAUGAGGAGCCCUUCGUGGACUGCCUGAGAGCUUCCCAAGAGACACAGCCUCCUUUUCCAUCCCCUUUCUCACAAAAUGGCUGCAAAAUGGUUUAUUGAGCCACAGCUGAGGUCACAAAAUGGCUGUCAGGACUGUCUCUGAAGGAUACCUCCGAGACAAGGCCUCCCUUCAAUCUCCUUUCUCACAAAAUGGCUGCCAUAUGUCUACUGAGCCACAGCUGAGGUUACAAAAUGGCCGUCACUCUCCCACUGAGCCACAGCUUGGGAUAACAAAAUAGCCAUUGAAUCACGGUGUGUAGCAUUGUUGGUGGCUUACUUAUUACUGGGAUCUCUCCCGAUUACCAGAGAGGUCGUUGAAUUCUGUGUAAUCUUACAUGAAUUAACAUGUCUUCAGCAGUUUCAGUGUGAUCUGCUACCACAAAAUGCUGUGGGACUAUUAACAUCUUAUUGUGUGCCCACAGUGGACUCAAUCAACUCACAUAAUAUACAAUGUCACAUAGCCACUAGAUAAUAAUUGAUAAAAUACAGUUUGUUCAAACUGUGUGGACAAGGCCUCCAAAGCAAAAGGGUACCGCUGAGAGCUGUUAGGAGGACUCUGUUCCCCUCACACAGAGCUACAAUUCCAAGAGUUCCCUGGGAUGAGGGAUUGAUUGUUAGAAUUGUAGCUCUGUGAGCAGGGCUGGCACCAGAGGGCAGCCAGGCCAGGUCCUGGCUGAGGGCCCCUACAGCCCAGAGGGGCCCCUGAAAGAACGCUCCUUAGGGUGGGAGGAUAGGGUUCCUGUUCUGCAGCAGCAUCGGGUCCAGACCCCUCCACAGAUCAUGGAAAGGAGCUCCUAUGCAGCCCCCCAAUACAGGCAGUGUGUGCUUCAAUAAGCACGCCCACAUGCCCCACCUACUUUCCCCAUCCCUGAGAAUGCUGUGCACACUACACAUGCGUGCCUGCCAUUAACUAAGAUGGCGAUGGGGGCUUCCCUAAGGGGCUGACACCCCUGUCACCAUCUUGGUUGAUAUGAGGGACGUGUGCUAUGCGCGCAAGUCAUUCACAUGACAUGAUACGAGAUGAGGCAGGUGGGACAUGCGGGUAGGGGCAGGUUGGUGCACAAGGGCCCAGCCAUGCCUGGCGCCGGCCCUGUCUUUGAGGGGAAUAGGGGUCUUGUAACAACUCUCAGCAGCCUUAACAAACUACAGUUGCCAGGAUUCUUUAGGGGAAGCCAUGACUAUAUAAAGUGAUAGGAGUGUUUUAAACGUGUAGUGCAGAUGAGGCCAGCUUGAUUGAUGACUCACCACGGGAACUAAUGCAACCAGCUCCUACCAGUUCAGACCUUAAGCAUGGCCAAUGGUACUUGGGAAUUUCAGUCACCACUGGAAGAUCUAGCAGUAGAUCUGAGCAUCCUAGGACAAACUAGAGUAAAGAUGGUGGAGUUCAGAGUAACCCCACUGUUCUCUGGGACAAAAAUGGUUCAGUAGAGGAUCCUUUUAACAAAACUUAUUUCCCAGUAGAAGAUAAUAUGGGUUCAACCCUCCUUUUCUUCUCAACAUGAAGAAAGGAACAAGCAACGUGUGCAACCUUUCCAUGGAAAUCCCAUCAUGAAUAGCAUAGCACAUUAACGCUGAAAUUGGCACAGGAUUAGACUACUGCUGCUUGAAAAUAUAUGGGCACUAGGCAGGAUAAAAUGUUUUGUUACAUGCUGUGCUGUGGAGCAAUUAACUACCUUCUUUCUCAGAGAACUGCUGAUUUGCAUAUGGAUAUUUAAUAAUGCAAAUGUAGCUUUACUCAUUCCCUGUGACUGAAUCUGAGAUUAACCUUGUUCAACUGGGGUGGGGGGGAGGCAGAAGAGAUCCAACAGAAACACUACUACAGAAAAAUAGGUGUGGAUCAUGACUUCAGACCCAGCCAUUGGGGCCGCAGUACUCUGUUCCAAUAACAAUAAGUUUCAAUGGAAGUUUUGAAUGUGUUUGAAUAUAACAUUUAAACCACAUUAACAGCACAAAUUCUCUUAUGCAUCUAUUCAGAAGUAAGUCC